AUGGAAGGCUUUUUGAACAUGAGCUACUCCAACCUUUCCAGACAGGAGGGUGUGGGUUCUACUGGUGGCUCGCUGACGCUGCGCUUCUUGAUCUCGCUGGUCUACUCGUUCGUGUGCGCUGUGGGUCUGGUCGGCAACGUGCUUGUGUUUUUCCUGAUGAGAUCUCGGCAUGGAAGGAGAUCAUCCACGAUCAACCUGUUCAUCCUGAACUUGGCGGCUACCGACUUCCAGUUCGUGCUGGUUGUACCUUUCUGGGCCGUGGACACCGCGCGCGAUUUCAGCUGGCCGUUUGGGCACAUCAUGUGCAAGGUGGUGCUCUCGGUGACGGUGAUGAACAUGUACGCGAGCGUGUUCUUCCUCACGGCCAUGAGCAUUACGCGCUACCUGGCCGUGGCGUCGGCGCUGAAGGAGCGCGCGAGCAGUCGGUGCUGCGGGUUCUGGUCGGGACGCUGGGCGAGCGCGCUCAUCUGGAUCCUCGCCACGAUCGCCACCACACCAACCAUCAUCUUCUCCACGCAGAAGGAGGUGUUCGGAGAAAACCUGUGCUUGAUCAGUUUCCCCGGCGGCAACCACUGGCUCGGUUUGUACCACCUUCAGAAAAUCUUAAUCGGCUUCGUGUUCCCCUUGAUGAUCGUGUGUGUGUGCUACCUGCUCCUCCUGCGCUUCCUGAGACUCCGCAGCAUGAACAACAACCUCCCAAACCUCAGGCGGAAAUCCAGGGUCACACGAUCGGUUAAAGUGGUCGUGCUGUCGUUUUUCAUCUGCUGGAUGCCAAACCAUGCCAUAACGCUCUGGGGCGUCCUGAUCAAACUGGACGUCGUGCACUUUGAUCAAACCUACUACAUGGUCCAGACGUACAUUUUCCCAGUGACGAUUUGCCUGGCGCACACCAACAGCUGCUUAAACCCAGUCUUGUACUGCCUCACUAGAAGGGAGUUCAGGAAAAUGCUCAAAGACUUGUUUUGGAGGAUUUCCUCUCCAUCCAUGGCGAACAGUUGCCAGAUCCGCCCGUUCUCAGGUAGUGCUAAAGGAGAGCGUGAGGACAGCCAGGCAGUGAUUCCACUCAAUGCAUUAGAAAGCGAGCAGUACCGACUGUCUAUGUUUAACGCUCAGUGCGACACCAUUCCUACAGCCCAUGGCUCGCUGUAA